AUGGACCCCUUCUCAAUCAUAUCCGGUGUCGCUGGUAUUUCGGCAGCUGGCGCUUCUCUCUCAAGGCUGAUCUUAGACAUUGUCUCUGGGGCUCGAAAUGCCCCCAAGGAGGCUUUCGACAUUGCUCGGGCGAUUUCAGACCUAUCCAUCAUCCUUAGCGAGUUGCGCCGGGUCUUGAAAGAUGGGAGCGAAAUCUACAGGAGAAAGUUGCUGCGGCGUGUCCAGUCAGCCAUGAGACGUAUUGAGCGGCUGCAUGGUGUCAUCUCGGAGAUGCUGGACGUCACCAGCAAGACGGCACGCAUCAUGUGGAGCUUUCGGCGGUCCAAGGCCACGACCAUCCUUUAUCAGAUCGAGAGCCACAAGACCGGGAUCAAUAUGAUCCUUCAUACUAUGGUUUUGGCUGUGCAGUUGAAGCAACUCGCUCGUUCCCGGACUUCUAUCAAUGAUGUGCAACAGACAAGCGACAAGGACGAUGUCCUCUUGGCACGGCAGCAGGCCGAAAAUCUUGUUCAGAUGUCAUAUUGCUCUAUCCGUGAUUUACUUGACCAAGGUGGUCAAGGGCAACAGUCUUCCAUGGGUGAUCCAGAUAUCCAAGAUGAUGGCGACAGCAACGUUUCCGAUCACGAUGACGAAGGGUCUGGCGAGACCAACUCUAGCAAUCAAUUAAUGUUGCGAAAGAUACCAAACGAAGACGCAGCUAUGUGGCUCUACGAUCUGGUGUUUUCCCCAGCAACCGACGCAGAUGCUUCCGACGGUGCACAGAGACCUAACGCUGCCUCAACUCCAGAAGCUACUGAGACCAGCCCGGACCCUGAAGUGCUGAGCAAUUCUACUGAGCUUAUUUUGCACCAGCAGAGGCGUGUCAACCAGUUACAGCAUUACGUUCGGGAGCCUGCAAAACGAUCGUCGGUGGUCAACGAACUUCUAGCCGAGUGGACCACGUUAGCCGAAGAUGAGAUUGAAGUCGCACUGUCAGAAAGCGAGCAACCCGGUAAUGAGUCUGAAGUGCAGGUUAUCCAUUUCAAGGAUGCGGUGGGCAGGAAAUUCAGUUUUCCUUGGGCGGUGGCAAAGAAAUGGAAGGGCAUGACCGGUUACAUAAUGGAAGCAUUCGUACAUGUCGAUGUACUCGGGCCUCAUGUGCAGGCCGGCCACUAUGAUUUGGUCGGCCCCAAUGGGGUAAUUAUACUCCCUUCGACUUGGGAAGUUCUUGCUAGGGCAGGUGAUGCCAUCACGAUGCACAUGUGGCCAAUAGACGUACGGCCUACAGGACCCAAGAGCGCCUCACCGAAUGCGGCCCCCACUCCAAGCACUGGCUUUCAGCCAAUUCCUCGUCGUCCUCCCAUGCCGCCUGGUUUCAACAUAAAACAGCAAAUGCCUAUGGGCAACCCGAACCCCGGGCGUCCAGGUCCCCCGCCAGCGCCGCCGACGUUCAACGGGCAGCCUGUGCCUUUGGGGAAAGGGCCCCCUCAGCCUCCAACGAAUGGGCAGAGAGAUGCAAGCAGCAGUCCUUCCAAGUCACCGAUGCCAUCGAUACAUUUACUUCCACCGAGAAUUGUUCCAGCGAAACGUCGGUCGAGGGAAAAGCAAAAUAAUGCACGCCCGGUUUCGGAGUAG